GUAGGUACCUGGUCAGUGAGCAGAUUCCCAGGCCUGGGACCUUGCAGGGAUCAGAACGGGAUCGCAGGUAUCCGGACCCGACCUAGGAAAGUACCAGGGAUGGGAAGAGCAGGUGUGCGGCCGUGGGCUGCGUCAGUGGGCACCUGGACGGCCCUCACGGAUAUUCCGGGGGUCGCGGCAAAAGAGGAGCAGGCCUGAUUCGGGGCUGCGCGAGGAUGCGUCCGAGAUGCAAUGAGCAGAUUCUGAAGAAGGGGAUAUCGCUGAGGUCCAGUACUGGAGGGACUGCUUUGUGCAGGGACCCUCUGGUAUGUACGUCUCUGUCUUUCUGGGGUGUGGAUGGUGCCCAGGCCCCAGCCAGCAGCCAGUUGAAGACAUUCUUCUUGGGAACUCUUGGCCCUGAGGGCUCUUGCCUGGGGUGCUGGUCCUGCCAUGGCGUUCCGGAGGACUGAGGGCAUGUCCAUGAUCCAGGCCCUGGCCAUGACUGUGGCUGAGAUCCCUGUGUUCCUGUACACCACCUUUGGGCAGUCUGCAUUCUCACAGCUGCGGUUGACCCCAGGCCUGCGGAAGGUCCUCUUUGCCACUGCCCUGGGGACCGUGGCCUUGGCCUUGGCUGCCCACCAGCUGAAGAGGCGACGGCGGAGGAAGAAGCAGGUCGGCCCUGAGAUGGGAGGCGAGCAUCUGGGCACAGUGCCUCUCCCCAUCCUCAUGGCCAGGAAGGUCCCGUCAGUGAAGAAAGGCUACUCCAGCCGGAGGGUACAGAGCCCCAGUAGCAAGAGCAACGACACCUUGAGUGGCAUCUCCUCCAUCGAGCCCAGCAAGCACUCGGGCUCCUCGCGCAGCUCGGCCUCAAUGGUGGCAGUGCACUCAUCCAGCCCCACAGCUGCAUGCUCGGGACCAUGGGACGCCAGAGGGACGGAGGAAUCUGUGGCCACCAGUGAUGGCAAUGCGGAAAGCCUCUACAUGCAAGGCAUGGAGCUGUUCGAGGAGGCUCUGCAGAAGUGGGAACAGGCGCUGAGUGUGGGGCAGAAGGGGGAUGGCGGCAGCACCCCCACACCAGGGGACAGCCUCCGGAACCCCGAGACUGCAUCAGAGGAACUGUCUGAGCCCGAGUCGCAGCGAAGGGAGUUUGCAGAGAAGCUGGAGUCCCUGCUGCACCGGGCCUACCACCUGCAGGAGGAGUUUGGGUCCACUUUCCCAUCUGAUAGCGUGCUGCUGGACCUCGAGCGGACCCUCAUGCUGCCCCUGGCCGAGAGCUCGCUGCACCUGCGGGCGGACGAUGAGGACAGCCUGACCUCAGAGGAUUCCUUCUUCUCCGCCACCGAGCUCUUUGAGUCCCUGCAUAUCGGAGAUUACCCACUCCCACUUUCCAGGCCUGCCGCUGCCUACGAGGAGGCCCUGCGGCUGGUGAAGGAGGGGAGGGUGGCCUGCCGGACCCUCAGGACAGAGCUGCUGGGUUGCUACAAUGACCAGGACUUCCUGGCCAAGCUGCACUGUGUGCGGCAGGCCUUCGAGGGCCUUCUGGAAGACAAGAGUAACCAACUUUUCUUCGGGGAGGUGGGCCGGCAGAUGGUGACAGGCCUGAUGACUAAGGCUGAGAAGAGCCCCAAAGGCUUCCUGGAGAGCUACGAGGAGAUGCUGAGCUACGCCUUGCGGCCUGAGACCUGGGCCAUCACACGGUUGGAGCUGGAGGGCCGUGGGGUGGUGUGCAUGAGCUUCUUCGACAUCGUGCUGGACUUCAUCCUCAUGGACGCCUUCGAGGACCUGGAGAACCCCCCGUCCUCGGUGCUUGCUGUCCUGAGGAACCGCUGGCUGUCAGACAGCUUCAAGGAGACGGCCCUGGCCACUGCCUGCUGGUCAGUCUUGAAAGCCAAGAGGAGACUGCUGAUGGUGCCCGAUGGCUUCAUCUCCCAUUUCUACUCCGUAUCGGAGCACGUAAGCCCCGUCCUAGCCUUUGGCUUCCUCGGCCCCAAGCCCCAGCUUGCUGAAGUCUGUGCUUUCUUCAAGCACCAGAUCGUGCAGUACCUGAGGGACAUGUUCCACCUGGACAAUGUGCGCUACACGUCAGUGCCAGCACUGGCAGAUGACAUCCUGCAGCUGUCCCGGCGCCGCAGCGAGAUCCUGCUUGGCUUCCUGGGGGCACCGGUGGCCUGCAACAUUGGCCUGAAUGGGGUGCUGCCCCACGAGAAUGGGCCCCCAGAGGGGCUGCAGUAGUGGUGGGUGCAGGCUUGGGAGAGGUGGCUGCCUGGGCUUCACACACGUGGGGGUGGUAGCGAGAAGGCCGCCUCUCCCCUCCUUUGGAUUGGCAUUGAAGGGCCCGGGUGGCUGUGGCUGUCAGCUGGGCACUUGUCCCUGACGUUGCCCUCCCCAUAAUCUGGGAAUUCCUGAUGCCUGGGGCGCAAAUUUCCUUGGAGAGGGAUGAAGUGCCUGGGCUGCCUGACUGCCCUCGGCUGUGCCUGGGGCACAGAGGUGGCCCAGUGGCCUGUGGGCCUGUGGGAGGGGAAGGCGCUGUGAGGAGAGUUGAGACAGGCAGAGCUGGAUGCCCUGGGUGUGGGACGCCUGAACCUCCCACCAACCCAGGGCUGCUGGCAUGUGGCCCUGGGAGCGUGGAAGUGAAAGACGGGGAGGCAGGGCUCUGUGCUAGGAGAAACUUGGGUGCACAGUCUCAGAAUCCAGGCGUCUGGCCCCUGCCACCACCCUAGAGAGUUUGCGACUCCAGAGAGGGAGGGUGGGGGCCACAGACUGUGGCUCGGGGGCACCUUGGUGGGCAGCAUGCCUAGGCCAGCUGGAGUGGGACAGAGUGGGUCUGCUUGCUUUGUGCUCAUGACUGGGCAGGUGCUGGGCCCAAAUCAAACCCAA